AUGUCAUACGAAGAAACCCAAAGAAGAUUAUUGAGGGUUUUCGAAGCAGCUGAUCAGGAUGAUUCUUGUGAUGAUUCUGGUAGUGACUUCGAAAUUGAUAAUGUUGGCCAAAGAAGCUCUGAAAGUGAUUCGGAACAAGAGGUAGGAUUACCGAAUGAGGAAGAAAACGAAGCUGAGGGAUCUGAAGAACGUGAAAGCAAUGAUAACAGACCAUAUUUUACUGGAAAGAAUGAUUACACACAAAGUUUACGACUCGUCGAAGUGCGAAUACCAAAUUACGUGGUUAAGGGCUCGUCAGCACAACUGGAAUGCCUUUACGAUCUGGAUGGCGAGGCGCUGUACUCUGUGAAGUGGUACAAGGACGGCAAUGAGUUCUAUCGAUACGUGCCACGAGACAUGCCACCGGCGCAAACAUUUCUGCUGCCCGGUGUAUCAGUGGAGCUCCAAAAUUCUAGUGAUGCCAUUGUUACAUUGCGCAAUGUCAACCUGCAGUCGGCGGGUCGUUUUCGUUGUGAAGUUUCCGGUGAAGCGCCAUCUUUUCAGACAGUCACUGAACAUGGCGAUAUGGUUGUGGUCUCUUUGCCUGAUCAAGGUCCGCCCAAAAUCACCGGCGGUCGCCCGCGUUAUCAAAUUGGCGACUGGGUACGAAUAAAUUGUACCGUUGGCCGUUCGAAACCUGCUGUCCAGCUCACAUGGUAUGUGAAUGGUGAGCCAGCUGAGCCGCGUGCUUUGCGAAAAUACGACACCAUCAUAUCCGGUCGUGAAAAUUUGGAAACGUCCGUUUUGGGUUUGCAAUUCCGAGUAGAGCAGCAUCAUUUCCGAAACGGCGAUAUGAAAUUAAAGUGUGUUGCCUCUCUGUCCACCUUGUAUUGGCGCAGCAACGAAGAGUCCGUCGAGGGCGAUCGCCCACAAAAAGCGCCCGUCUUAGAGUCGCGCGAAACCGUUUACGCCAGCAAUUCGCGCGCCGAUCCAGUGCAAGCCAGCAAAACGGAUUCACAUAUAGUGGCGCAUGCGCCCAGUUUAUUGUUGCUGGUGGUGGUGGCGUCGGUUGUAGCCAGCGGUUGUCUGGAACAGUUGCAUAUGUGGCAGAAAUUGUUCGUGUCCAAGCAAUGGCUGCAUAACAAUUUCAAGCAACAGCAAGAACAACAAGAAAUGCGAAGAAAAACCGUAGAACGCCAACAACAGCAGCAACAACAAAGUCUUCAGCAGCAUCAACAACACCAACAGCAACAGCAGCAGGGAAAGACAGAGAGACAAUUGAUGCGGCGACAGCUUGAAAAGCGAAUUGUUUCAAGUGAAGACCAGCACGUGAUCAGCUCAGGAUAUCAAUCGGUAAUGCAACUCUUUCCAAAACAACAACAAGAAAAGCAUCUGGUGCAACAACAACAACGAGAACAAAUAUGUCGACAGCAUUGGCAUGUUAAUGAAAACGAUGAAAGCGUGGAGCGGAAAUGCAAAGGAGCGCACGAAUUGAAAUUUGUUAAUUUAUGUGCGGAAAUGCAGCCAGCGUUGACAGCAAUGACAGCAUCCUCUUUAGCGACAUAUGCCAGCGUCGCCAAUGCUCACAGCAUCGACGCCACAUCGGAAGCCGAUGUUAUCGCAGCUGUCGCAGCGGCGUUGCCAAUUAAACAAAUGCUGGCUGCAAGGUAACUACGCUGAGCAGAAGAGGAGGGAGUAUAAGCAGAUGACGAGGCGUCGCAGGCUACCACCACUUUGAGUUUACUUUGCCUUGCUGCGUGGCUAUUGAGGCAUGCAAUGAGCUAUUGGCGAAAUGCAAAAUGCGAAAGGCAAAAAUAAGAAGAAAAAAAAAAGGAAAAAAUUAAACUUAAUAAUUUUAAUUUGAAGAAAUACGAAGGAAAGCAUUUCAUUCGAUUGCAAAUGUUGGAGAGAAUGCUUCGAUUUAAAAAAUUUAUAUGCACACAUACAUAUGUACAUAAGGGUACUGAUUAAAAUUACUGCAGCGACUGGAAAGAGUGGGUGUGGAAACCCAAAUUUUACGUAAAUCAAAAGCAGCAAAAAUUAAAGUCUUUCAUUCAAGUGAAUUGUUUGUAACAAAAAUUUUAUAAAAAAGUAAAUAUGUAAAAUAAUUUCAAUAUGAAAUCAAUUCAAAUCAAAAGUGCAUGUCUGUAUGUAUUGUUUGUUCGCAUGAGUCUGUAUAUGGGUGCCUGGCUGUUGUGCGUGAGUGUUCGUAUGCAUGCAGAGUCCGUUAAAUUGCAGCAGCUAAAACAGCGAAUAUACUUACCUACUAAUAUAAUAUCUAAUAAAUGUAAGUGUAAAUAAAUUAAAUGCAAUUACUGAAUUUUUAAGAUGUUCAAAAGCUAAAUGUAUGGAAACUUCUCAGUAAAGAAGGCAGCAUACAAAGUUAGGUUUAGUUCAAUUGAAAUAGUCCUAGAAUUAGACUCAGUGGCUAGUCUAACAAAAAUAUAAACAAAAAAUAAAAUAAAAAACUAGAAAUACACACUCAGUGGCUACAGUUAAGUGUAAUUAGCUAGCAAAAAUUAAAACAACACAGAAAAUAUAUACAUCUAUAUAUAAGUAACGGCUAUAUUUGUUUCAACAGCGUUAAAGUACAAUGAGAUUGAAUUUGAAUUGAAACAAUUUUUGAAACUCAAAAUUUAUACGCAAAUAGUAUCUAUGAAGAAGAAAUUGAGUCGGUAUAACACCUCCUCUGCGAUUACCCUGCACUUCAAAGAAGCCGUGCCAAAUAUUUUGGGCGAUUAUUUGUUGGAAGACCUGGGAAAUUUGCAAAAUCUCUCACUGGGGAGACUAAUUGGGAGAUGGAAAUCAAAUGCAGGCAUCGCAAUGGACCGAUUGUCUUAUCUUAGACAAGCAACCUGGCUAACCUUACCUAACCUUUAAGUGCGUUAUUACUUUAAUCCUUAUUUUGCACAAAUAUCAGCACGAUUUGAUAAGUGCUUAAAAACGUAAAUAAAAGAGCGCUUUUCAACAAAAAAUUUCAUAUUAUUUUUAAACGCCACCUCGUCCUUUUAACUUGAUAUAGAGCCCUUCAUUGGCCCUCUCACCAAUUUUGAGUUUUUGUUGCUCUCUUUAACAUACGAUUUCUCGAGGCACUCAAAGGUAUUCGACGAACUACACUUAGUUAAAUAACUACAGGACAGCAAGAAUGUUGAGAAGAUUUGAAAAUU